CGCGUUAGUCAGACGUACCGCAGUCGCGAAUGAUGGCUUCAGGAAAUCUGUAAAGCGAAUUCUUAUCAGAUUUUUAGAUGUUUUCUCACAUUCAGAUAUUUUUAAAACGGCUUUUCUUUAAAAGAGUUAACUUCAAAAAGCUUGAGCUGACGUCGUUGGCCGAUCGUUUGGACCGAGUUCGUCAGAUGUAACUAAGUGGACUGACGGGUUCUGGUGUUGUUUGUAACCGUGACACACUAGCGGAGAAGCAUGAAUGUCAACCAGGGCACGGUGGGCAGCGACCCGGUUAUCCUGGCCACGGCUGGAUACGAUCACACAGUCCGGUUCUGGCAGGCCCACAGCGGGAUCUGUACCCGGACGGUGCAGCAUCAGGACUCGCAAGUGAAUUCCCUUGAAGUGACCCCGGACAGAAGCAUGAUCGCCGCCGCAGGGUAUCAGCACAUCCGCAUGUACGACCUGAACUCCAACAACCCAAACCCCGUCAUCAACUACGACGGAGUCAGCAAGAACAUCACCUCCGUGGGCUUCCAUGAGGACGGACGCUGGAUGUACACCGGAGGAGAGGACUGCAUGGCUCGCAUAUGGGACCUAAGGUCAAGAAACCUGCAGUGUCAGAGGAUCUUCCAAGUAAACGCUCCCAUCAACUGUGUGUGUCUUCAUCCCAAUCAGGCGGAGCUGAUUGUUGGGGAUCAGAGUGGCGUGAUUCACAUCUGGGACCUGAAAACGGACCACAACGAACAGCUGAUUCCAGAGCCAGAAGUCUCGGUGAACUCUGUCCACAUCGACCCCGAUGCCAGCUACAUGGCAGCCGUCAACAGCUCGGGAAACUGUUACGUGUGGAACCUGGCUGGAGGGAUGGGAGACGAAGUGACGCAGCUCAUUCCAAAGACGAAGAUCCCGGCGCACAAACGAUACUCGCUGCGCUGCAAGUUCAGCCCCGACUCCACACUACUGGCCACCUGCUCAGCGGAUCAGACCUGCAAGAUCUGGAGGACGUCCAACUUCUCCCUGAUGACGGAGCUGAGCAUCAAAAGCAACAACCCCGGGGAGACGUCCCGAGGCUGGAUGUGGGACUGCGCCUUCUCCGGAGACUCGCAGUACAUCGUUACAGCGUCUUCAGACAAUCUCGCUCGUCUGUGGUGCGUCGAGACCGGCGAAAUCAAGAGGGAGUACAGCGGCCACCAGAAGGCCGUGGUGUGUCUGGCCUUCAACGACAGCGUGCUCGGCUGAAGAGGACGACGGACGCCGUCAGCCGGAGCUGAACCCGCUGCUCAGUUUUGUCCAAAUGAAACCCGGAAUCGUUCGGCACAAAAAUUCAAAUCCAGAGGGUGACCGUUUUAUUUUUUUUUAAUUUUGUUGUGAAUCUGUUAGUAAGAAGGAACAUUUCCCAGGAUAUUUAUUAAAAGCAAAAGGAACGCUGUCAUUCCCGCUUCCCGCCUGGAGGAGGCGCUGCGGAGCUGCUUUCUCAUAUCAAGUGAAGAGAAAUAAAAGCUGUUCAGAAAAUCUGCUUUCAAAUAAAGAGAAACGAAACCAAA